AUGUCGUCGACUGCUGUCCCCAAGCGCGUUGCGCUGCACCGCAACCCCACGACGGACUCCUCUGUCCCCAGCUCCGUGGCGGCCUCCCCCUUCGACAGCCCCCGCCAGUCGCCAUCGUCGACCUCGCUGUCUUCCCUGGCCUCGGACCCGGAGAACCGGACCAAGAUGCUGGAUACCUAUGGCAACGAGUUCAAGAUCCCCGACUUCACCAUCAAGCAGAUCCGUGAUGCCAUCCCCGCCCACUGCUUCCACCGCUCCGCGGUCACCAGUCUGUACUAUGUCUUCCGGGACAUGACCAUUCUGGCGUCAGUCUUUUACCUCUUCCACACCUAUGUCACCCCGGAGACCGUCCCCCUGUUGCCGGCCCGAGUUGCCCUCUGGACUCUGUACACCAUCGUCCAGGGUCUAGUCGGCACCGGUGUCUGGGUCCUGGCCCACGAGUGCGGCCACCAGGCCUUCUCCCCCUCCAAGGUCUUGAACGACACUGUGGGCUGGAUCUGCCACUCGCUUCUGCUCGUGCCGUACUUUUCCUGGAAGAUCUCCCACGGUAAGCACCACAAGGCCACCGGCAACAUUGCCCGUGACAUGGUGUUCGUUCCGAAGACCCGUGAGCAGUAUGCCUCCCGUGUCGGCAGGACCAUCCAUGACCUCGGCGAGCUGAUGGAGGAGACCCCCAUCGCCACGGCCACCCACCUGGUUCUUCAGCAGCUGUUCGGAUGGCCCAUGUACCUGAUUACCAACGUCACCGGCCACAACAACCAUGAGAAGCAGAUCGAGGGCCGCGGCAAGGGCAAGACCAAUGGCUGGUUUAGCGGCGUUAACCACUUCAACCCCUCCAGCCCUCUGUAUGAGGCGAAGGAUGCCAAGUUGAUUGCCCUGAGUGAUCUCGGUCUCUUCCUCGUUGGUUCCGCUCUGUACUAUAUUGGCUCCACCUAUGGCUGGCUCAACCUGCUGGUCUGGUAUGGCAUUCCCUACCUCUGGGUUAACCACUGGCUCGUUGCCAUCACCUUCCUGCAGCACACCGAUCCGACCCUGCCCCACUACCAGCCCGAGGUGUGGAACUUCGCCCGUGGAGCUGCCGCCACUAUCGACCGUGACUUCGGCUUCGUCGGCCGCCACAUCUUCCACGGCAUCAUCGAGACCCAUGUGCUGCACCACUAUGUUAGCAACAUCCCCUUCUACAACGCUGACGAGGCCUCCGAGGCCAUCAAGGGCGUCAUGGGCGGACACUACCGCACCGAGGCCCACACCGGCUGGACUGGCUUCUUUAAGGCCCUCUGGACCUCGGCCCGCGUCUGCCACUGGGUUGAGCCUACCGACGGUGCUCAGGGUGAGAGCCAGGGUGUUCUGUUUUACCGCAACACCAAUGGCAUCGGCGUCCCACCCAGCAAGCUGCCGGCCAAGGCCAACUAG